UGGGAACUCGGGCGGCGGCGCCGAAGGCGGGCGGGGAGCUCGGGCGCGCGCGCGGCGGCAGGAUGUGCGACCGGAACGGUGGCCGGCGGCUCCGGCAGUGGCUGAUCGAGCAGAUCGACAGCGGCAUGUACCCAGGGCUGAUCUGGGAGAGCGACGAGAAGAGCAUGUUCCGGAUCCCCUGGAAGCACGCGGGCAAGCAGGAUUACAACCAGGAAGUGGACGCGUCCAUCUUCAAGGCCUGGGCGGUUUUCAAAGGCAAGUUCAAGGAAGGGGACAAAGCCGAGCCGGCCACUUGGAAGACAAGGCUCCGCUGCGCCUUGAACAAGAGCCCAGAUUUUGAGGAAGUGACAGACCGGUCCCAGCUGGACAUUUCUGAGCCCUACAAAGUGUACCGCAUCGUGCCCGAGGAGGAGCAAAAAUGCAAACUAGGCGUGGCGGCUCCCGGCUGCGUGAGCGAGAUCACCGAGAUGGAGUGCGGGCGCCCCGAGAUCGACGAGCUCAUCAAGGAGCCGUCUGUGGACGACUACAUGGGGGUGGUCAAGCGGAGCCCCUCCCCGCCCGACGCGUGCCGGAGCCAGCUGCUCCCGGAGUGGUGGAUGCAGCAGCCCAGUCCAGGCUUGCCACUGGUGACGGGCUACACCGCCUACGACACGCACCAUUCAGCCUUCUCGCAGAUGGUCAUCAGCUUCUACUACGGCGGCAAGCUGGUGGGCCAGACCGCCACCACCUGCCCCGAGGGCUGCCGCCUGUCCCUGGGCCAGCCGGGCCUGCCGGGCGCCAAGCUGUAUGGGCCCGAGGGCCUGGAGCUCGUGCGCUUCCCGCCGGCGGACGCCAUCCCCAGCGAGCGGCAGCGGCAGGUGACGCGGAAGCUCUUCGGGCACCUGGAGCGCGGGGUCCUGCUGCACAGCAGCCGCCAGGGCGUGCUGGUCAAGCGGCUGUGCCAGGGCCGCGUGUUCUGCAGCGGCAACGCCGUGCUCCGCAAGGACCGGCCCAACAAGCUGGAGCGCGACGAGGUGGUCAAGGUCUUCGACACCAGCCAGUUCCUCCGAGAGCUGCAGCACUUCUAUAACAACCAGGGCCGGCUCCCGGACAGCAGGGUCGUGCUCUGCUUCGGAGAAGAGUUUCCGGAUCUGACCCCGCUGCGCUCCAAACUCAUCCUGGUGCAGAUCGAGCAGCUGUACGUGCGGCAGCUGGUGGAGGAGGCCAGCAAGAGCUGUGGCGGCGGCUCCCUGGCGCAGGCUCCCGAGGAGCCCCAGCCGGACCAGGUCUUCCGGAUGUUUCCAGACGUGUGCACCUCACACCAGAGACCCUUCUUCAGAGAAAACCAACAGAUCACAGUGUAGCCUGUCUCGGGGGACGCGCCAUCGGGCCCCGUCUCACGCCUCGUUCCUACAGUUACUGUCAGUAUUGAAGGGUGUGGAUGCCCGUGACUGGGGCGGGAUGCUUCGCGGAGCUCCUGGUUCAGUAGGGGCGUCCCCGAGCACUGGACGCUGACGCCCCCGCGGGAGGAGCGCGACGGGACUCUUACGCGUGGAAACGUGCCCCAGACGGCCCCGGGCGCUGUCCCUGUGACCUGGGAUUCAGACGUGGGCUUCCCGCACCCCCCGGUUACCGUGCGUGGCGGGUGCCUUCAGCGUCUGGGGAUAGGCCCACGCCUGGGCCUUUGGUUUUACCAGCACGUAACUGCUUCCAGGAAGAGAUGUGGGGACAAGGCUGAUUUUGUCUUUUCCCUUGUGUUACUGCGAUAGACUCGUGUUUCCAAUGCUUGACUCGAUGUGGAGGGUCUUUACUUUUUAAGCCAGUUCAUAAGAUGUAGAAAUACUUAGGCAACAGCCUCGCUUCCGCAGGUGACAGCAAAACGCCAGGCGUGUUAGGGGGACGGGCACGAGGCCUAGGAUUUGCCCCCGGUAGGCUUGUCCCCGCCGGAGGACCUGGUGUGUUCCAGAAUGUUCCCUGUGGGCCUUCCUGCCAGGUGGCUUAGGUUUUCAUUUCUGUAAUUAAAUCAUUCCCAGAGCCUUUGCUCUUUUCAUAUUUCUAAAUGGUUUUGACCGGUCUUCAAAAUACACAUUUUACUUGUCCUGUUGUAAAGUGCUUUGAAUUUUCUUUCUUACAAAGUGAGCUAUAAACCAGACUGCAAAAGUAACCGUA